ACUCCAAAGAUGCGAUUACGCGGAAGCCCGCAUCGCCGCCCCAAUCCUGACGGAGGUGGAGUGGGACGACGGCUACGAUCCGGCUCGGCACCGCUUCAUCGAUGACGCAGGUUGGCGGGGACGCAGUGGUCUCAGAUGCCGCCACUGCUGGAGAGGUUUGACGCUGCGGAUGAACUGAGCCUCCAUCUCGUCAUUCUACCAUUCCCCAAUGCUUACCCUAUAUUCUUGGAGAAUACAAGGAAGCUUCCCAAGUGCAAGGCUCUAACAGUGGGGCUAAAAGUAGAUGCACAUUCAAUUAAGUCAAGCUUGCUUCAUCUCCUCAAGCAAUGUGGUGGCACUACUAAGAUGGAGAUUGAGUUGAUCCACCAUGAUGCACCAAAAGUGUCUCUAUGCGAAUAUUUACAUUGCCCUUGUGUUCAACAAGAGAUGCUGAAAACCGAAAAUGUCACCCUGGAUUUGCUUGAGGAGGUCGAAUUCCAUUUCUUUACAGGAUCCGAUGAAGAUGUCGACUUGGUGAAGCUGUUGUUCAUGUGCAAGAAGGCACUUAAAAAGAUGGUGAUCAAUGUGGCUGAUGAUGUCGCUAUAAGCGAUGAAGUACACGAGAAGAUCAAGAGCUUCUCACACCCUAGCACCACACUUGAGAUCGGUGGUCCUUCGUCACAUAAGAGGGGUGUCUGCCUGUGCAAAGAGCAUGACUGGUAUUAGAUAUGAGUCUGCCAACAGUUUGUCUUGUGAUAAUUGAAAAUCUAACGAGUCUGAACUAUGAACUAUAUAUACUUGGUUUAGCGUUCAUAGUUAGUCUUGAAUGUUCCUUGCUAGGAUGAUAAUGAAUGUCGUCAACCAAUCA